AUGUUGAUGCCCAAAAAACAUCGUACACUCAUCUACGAGUAUCUAAUGAAAGAGGGUGUUGUUGUUGCUGAAAAAGAUUUCGGUCUCGAUAAACAUCCAGCCAUUCCAGUGCCAAAUAUUCAUGUUAUCAAAGCACUUCAAUCGCUUAAAUCACGUAAUUUGGUUAAAGAACAAUUCGCAUGGCGCCAUUAUUAUUGGUAUUUAAAUAAUGAAGGCACCAAUUUCUUACGUGAAUAUCUUAAUUUACCACCUGAAAUUGUACCGGCUACACUCAAACGACCGACAAGACCUGAAGGUGCUAAAACAGCUAAACGAGUUGAAACAGCUCGACCAACAUCACCAUCUGAUCAAGGUCGACAAGAAUAUCGUCGUGCUGGAUAUGACAAACAAGGCGAUGUUGGUGCUGGAUCUGCUCGACCUGAAUUCCGUGGAGGUUAUGGUCGAGGACGUGGAUUUAGAGAUAGUAACCGUGGUGGUCCCGGUAACGCUGAUCAACAAUAA